CUACAUCUCCCAUCAUGCAUCGGACUCCAGGGUGCCGGGCUCAGCCUGCACCCCGGGACCCAGCUGACCCUGAGCUCCAGGAGGGAUAGGGGAUGAGAAGCAGAGCGCGAGGGUACAGUCUUACUUUUCUGCCCACUACAGAAGUCGCUGUCUUCCAUAACCUAACAGGCCUCUCUGUCCCCAGCCAGCCCUCGGCACUACCACGGGCCUAAUAUGGCCGCUGGCACUGGGACCGGCCGAAAGCACAGAGCCGGACUGAGGUCCGGGGCCAGGGCCUGCUCCCGGCAUUCCUCGCGAGUGUGGCGUGGGCACCCUUCCCCCAUCUCUGGGUCCCUCGAGAGGAAGACCCUCGGGCUUUGAGGUAGCAUGGCCCAGGGCUUGCUAGAGGUGGAGCGAAAGUUUGUUCCAGGGCCUGGCAUGGAGGAACGGCUGCAGGAGUUGGGAGGCACUCUGGAGCACCAGAUCACCUUCCGAGACACCUACUAUGACACCCCUGAGCUGAACCUUAUGCGGUCUGACCACUGGCUGCGACAACGAGAGGGUAGUGGGUGGGAGUUAAAAUGUCCUGGAGCAGUGGGUGUCUCAGGAACCCAUACUAAGUACUUGGAACUCACAUCUGAUCCUGCGAUUGUGGCCUGCCUCUGUGAGGUGCUGGGAGCUGAGGGACUGGGACAUGGAGGUAUAGAUGCUGUGGUGGGUUCCCUGGGGCUGCAGGAAGUAGCUAGCUUUGUGACUAAGCGGAGUGCCUGGAAGCUGGUGUUCUCUGGAUCUGAUGAAGACGAGCCACUGCUCAGGGUGGACCUGGAUACAGCUGACUUUGGCUAUGCUGUGGGUGAAGUAGAGGCCGUAGUACGUGAGGAAGCUGAAGUACCUUCUGCUCUAGAAAAGAUCCAGAGCCUCAGCAACAUGCUUGGUGUGCCAGCACAGGAGAGGGCACCUGCCAAGCUCAUCGUGUACCUACAGCGCUUCAGGCCGCAGGACUAUCAGCGCCUACUGCAAGCAGAGCUCCAGAGAGAGGCCACAGGGGACUAAACAUUCUGGCAGUGACUUGGGCUAGGGGAUAUCUUCCCAGAAGGGCAAGAGAACUCUGGGUUUGAUGGGGUCUACACCUAGGCUCGUGGUGCCUCUUUCCUUCUAACAGUGCCUCCUCUCUCUAGCUCUGCCUGUUUCACCCUGUUCUCAGCUACCCUUCCUAGAGCCCUCCCUGGUUGCCUCUUCCUCAUCCGUCAGAUGCAAUCUAUGGGCCGCCCCUCUCCCCUGGCCGCUAAGCAGCCUCCAUUGAUUUCCGCUCGUGUUUAUAGGAUUUCCACUUAGCCAUGAUCAGUAGUUAAGCACAGGAAAAUCCCUUGCCACCCCCCCUCCCUUGGUCGAUGCCAUUGAUUCUGCCAGCGGCUCUGAAACUGCCUUACAGCUGAGUUAGAGAUGAGGGGAGGCAGCAGGGAUUUCCCUGCCUAGGGGUGUGGGGAAUAGCAGCAGGGUAGGGAAAGGGUUGGGAACUCCUAUUAGAAAUCCAGAAAUUCUGCUUUGAUUUUUGUCACUGUGCCCAGCACUGGCCCAGAGAGUAGAGUGCCUCUUGUGGCAGGUAAGGGACAAGUGUGCUUCCAGACCUAAAAAGAGGUAGAGAAUCCUCAUUGUUGAGAGAGGUUCCCAAGGUUCCAGGAAAGAUUCAUGUGUGAGGAGGUUCUUCCCUUGUCGUUCAUACAUAUUUUCUAUCUCAGACAUACCCAAAUAUGGUUUUCCACCUCUCUUGGGCUUUAUUGGGCUUUCAAUAUUUGUGGGGGAGGGUACGGCCCUCAACGUUUUGUAGUGACAGACAGAGCCAGAGUGCCACCUGGUGGUGGCCCUCAGAAGAAGGAUCCCAGCUACUGGGGCCAGGCACUUUGGGACAUGGGAGGAUUUGGGUAAGCGGAGAUAGUUACUGCCAUGUCUUCAC